CUUAACUUUUCACCCGGAAGUCGUUCGGGUAAACACAUCGCACAUGUUGAAGAUGGAGCACAAGAAAAGUAACAGUACUAAAAAUACCUCUCGGGAUCUGUUGGUUUGCGGGAACGGACAAGGAAUUCAUGAUAAACUGUUACUGAAAUCCAAGAGCGUGUCGUCACUGCAGACAGAAAAAGUUCCAAGAAGCAGCGUUCUAGACAGACUCCAGCAUUUCCUGCCUCAGAUGGCUCUGGCUAAUGAGACAUUAAGGCAGCAGAUGGAGAAUCUUCCCGGAGGUCACUUCGACAUUGAGAGUGUUGAGGAAGCAGAGAAAGUCAUUGAGAUGGAUGUUGCUGUGGUGGAGCUUGAGGGUUCAGACAGUAGCAAGGAAGAGGAGUCCUCCUCCUCCUCCGACGAGAGCUCAGAUGAAGAGAUCAUCAGUACAGAAACACUUAAACUACCUGGCAACCGAAAGAGAAAAGCCAACAUUGAAAUGCUGGAAAAAGAAGGAGAAUGACUCAAAACAGCUCCUGAUGGAAAACACAGCACCGCUUUACAUUAUACACACAGACAGUCUGGGACUCUCACUCUGAAGACUUGUGCACUCCUGUAAACAUGGACCUGAAGGAGAGCAUAGUUCUCAGCUUGCACGCUGAGGGAUGGACAUGGAUGAGGUUGAAAUGCUGAGGAUGUUUACUCAGCCCGGACAGUUCAGCCUCAAUAUAUGUGGAUGUGUGUAUGAGAGAAAGACCUUCACCGAGGUUCUGUAGAUAUGAUAAAUGUGUCAGACUAGAAAAUUCUGGUACUGUUUAGCCACAAAUAAACAAUUUUUCUUUAA